AUGCCAAAAUGGAUGAAGAAACAUGAGUAUCUUGCUUUCUGUUCUCUCCGGGCUUUUCCCUGUCAACAACUCCGAAAGUUGCUUGUUGCGCUGCAAGAGCAAUCGCUGCCUUUUGCGCAGCCUGCGGUCCAACACAUGGUCCGGCAAUUGCUGCAUCAUGUUGGCCCGGUAGAGCAAGGCGAACUGUACUGGAAGACGGACGCCGGAGCUCUGCUUGGGGAAUUCCAGGAAGCCCUCGAGUCCUUGGUAGACGAGUUCUGCGCGAAGCCCCGUGAUCAUCAAGCCUUGCCGGUCUUGGCCGAUAUCUUGAACUAUUUCCUGCUGUGGCCGAAACCGCCUGGUCUCGAUGUUUUCUGGGUGCAGGGAUGUCGCCGGCUUUCUGAAGCAGCGAUGCAGUGGGUCAAGGAUGCACUGAAUGGAAUGCAGGGGCUCGACAGUGAGCAUCAGGAGAAGCUUCGAGCCAAGGUCUGCAUUUACGGGCUCUAUGCAGUGUUAUGCACACCAUCUUCUCCCCUGACCUAUGCAGAUGCAGACAGGCUCUUGAAAGGGCUUGUCUACGCACAGAACAAUGGCAGUCGUGCUCUCAACGGCCACGACUGCACCCAUGUUCGCAAGAUGGCCGAUGGCCGUGCUGUCCAGCAUCUGCAUGAAGUCUUGCAUUUUGCGGAGGCAUCACCAACUUUGAUCACAGCAGCAGUCGCUGCUGCCCUGGAGCAUGUGCCGGAGUCAUUGCAGUGGCGGCGCCUUCCGGGUUCUGCCUGUUUCCAUGCACAGGAUGCACAAGGCCACCUCUACAGUAUCAACUUGUUGCGUGGGAUUGUCUUGAUGGAUGGUUAUAACCCACCGCGACAGCUUCCAGCCACCAUCACUGGGCAUCCGCUCUUCCAGCGCAGUUUCGGGCAGUCUGCCUUCGAUGUCAGCAUGGAUGCAACUGGAAGAUUCCACACCUCUCGACCUGUCGAUGGAUGCUUCUACCAGUUUCGGGAGCUGCCAUCUGGCGGCAUUCGUGUCACAGAGGUCCUCGAAGGCCGCUCCCUCCGACUGCUGGAUCCCGCGUGCUUCCAGCAUUUUCCAAAGCGCCUCCACGAUUUGCACAGCCACUGGCAAGAUGAACAAUCCGGUGCCAUCGUGUUUCGCCCUGUCCACUUUCGCUCCAAGCAGAUCGAUUUUCUUUAUCCAGCGGAGGAUGAGUGCUGCCCCGUUCCGGAGCAUUUGAGCAUGCGAAGUGUCGAUGACUUGCUGGAGCAUGAAGAGGUCAAGUACAUGUUAGUCGCCUUGAAACAAGAAGGACUGGAUCUACUUGGUAGGUUUGAGCAUGCAGACUUCAUACAUGCUUAUGCACGAUGUGACAGUGAUGACGACAGUGUGGUGAAAGUCGAGCUCCCGCGCAUCAACAUGGCUUUCGACGUCGAGGACGACAUCUUAGUGUCCAGAGACUAUCGUGGCUACCGGCUGGCUGAUACUCAAAAGCUAGCUGACACGCUGGUUGACUUUGACUCGUACCUUGUGUUGCAGAGAAUCGAUCCGAACGACACAUCUCUGCCGUCCAUCAAGAUCAUUGUGCAGAAUGCUGAAGUGAAAGAAGGAGUCCCGCUGUCCCUCAACAUUGACACUGACAGCAGCUCCAUCAAGGAAGCCGUUUGCUUCGACGUGCAUGAGCGCUUCAAGCACCUCCAAGCCGAAACUGUGCAGUCCAGACUUUUCCUGGCCAGUCUAUAUGCAGGGACGGACUGCGAUGUGUCCGACCCGCGGCUUCAGGUGACGGGAAUGGAGGCGGCCUUGGAUCUACUGCGGCAGUGUUGGAUCAACCGACCUCUGACAAAGAAGGAGCGUUCGCGUGUCGAGGGAUUGCUCAAGUUUUGCUCGCGACCGCCGUUUGCAGUCAAGGUGCUUUGCCAUGAACUUCUACGAUCGUCCAACCAGCUGGUAAUUCUACAUGGUGUUUCCAGCGACCAAGCUACCUUCCAGGCAUGGCCGAAUCAAGACAUUGUGACGGCGGGCUAUGUACGGGAAGCGCGAAUGCCUGGGUGGAGCUUCUUCGAGCCAAAUUCGAGGAGACUGCUGACCUCGGAGGAGGAGCUGCGCUGCUUUGGAACCCGAGUGGGUAGCCGGCAGGUGAAAAGGUCCAAGUUCACGGUGGAGCUCGGAGACGAGUCCUGCCCAGUGCCACAGUCUUACAUCGAAGAUUUUGAAGCUGAGCUGAAGAGCUUCGUCGAAGAGAAGUCACAGUCGCGCGAGAGCCCACCAUUUCCAUUGACAGGUGACAGUGCUUCUUCACCGAUUGCGUUGGAGAUGAUGGAGGAGCUACGCCAGAGCUGGAACGUACAUCAUCAGGCAGUUGAGAAGGAAGUCAAUCAACAUGGACGCCAGGCUGAGGUCUGGGAAGAGAAGCUGGAGACCGUAACAUCACUCCGAGAGCAGAUGAGCGAUUUCAUUGUGGGCACGCUGCAGAAGUUCCCCAGCGCUGGUGCAGGAGCGGAUGAAGCUGCGAUUUUUCGCAUUCGUCAGCUGUCUAAUAUGGCCCCGAAGGUCAUUUCCAGAGACUUUUUGCGGGCAGCAUGGCAGCCAGCGGUUCUCAGAGACUUCAACCCCUUCUUGUCGCAAGCAUCCGAGAACAAGCUGCAAAAACAUGUGCUACUGCUGCUUAAGCUGUACGUGCUGGAAGACAAGUUGAAGAGGCUUGCGGCACAUGCCAAGGGCGAGGUUUACCCACUGAUGCUGCAGGAGCUACUGGUGUCGCGCUGCUGGGAUGUCCAAGAGCAUCCGGAAUGGCUGGUCUUUGAGGUCGAGGGGGGCCUGCAAAUUCGUCCGGUCCAGUACCAGGUCGCUAAGAAGCUGAUGGAUGACCCUGGCUCCGUGGUUCAGCUGAACAUGGGCGAAGGGAAGACUCGCGUGAUCCUCCCUAUGCUCAUUUUACACUGGGCCGGACGAGACGGCGCGGGUGAGCCCAGAUUGCUCCGAAUUACCGCCUUGACAUCAUUACUGCAUGAGCUGUACGAUUUUAUGCACAGGCACCUGUGUGCUUCAGUAUUGCGGCGAAGAGUCUUGGUCAUGCCCUUUCAUCGCGAUGUACAGCUGAGACCCGACGACAUCAAGCAAAUGAUUUCCUGUCUCGACUUCUGCCGGCAGAGUGGUGGUGUUGUACUUGUUGCGCCCGAGCAUCGCUUGUCGUUGCAACUCAAGUGGCACGAGCUACGCCUUGCAGGCAAACAUGAGAUGUGUCAGCUUCUCGCGCGGCUUUCAAGCAUUCCAGUUCGAGACUUGCUAGACGAGAGCGACGAGGUCUUGCGGCACAAGUACCAGCUUAUCUAUGCAGUGGGCAGCCCAAUCCCAUUGCCACAGGGGCCAGAGCGGUGGGAGACGGCAACCGCUUUGCUCAGAGUGCUGCAGCAGUCAGAGCGUGUAGCCCAGCUCUUGUCGGGGAAAGCCUUGCGAGAGCCUCGUGGAGAUCAGGCCUUUGAUCGCUUGCGAUUCAUUCCUGGUAGAGACCUUGACCGGGUGAUGCCAUCCAUCCGGCUCGCCCUUCUUGAAGACCUGAUGGAGUCUCCACCGUACGAGCUGGUAUGGCUCGCAAACUACCGAGCACACAGCCCGGUGGUCCGGUUUCUGACCAUGCCGGAUGCGGAUGCUUCUUGCCUGCCUUCCGGCUUGCCGGAGGACCGAUUCCACACCAUGCUGGCACUUCGAGGCUUUCUUGCGUGCGCGGUGCUGGAGCACUGCAUGCAGAAGCGACACUCCGUGGAGUACGGCGUUGGGCAGAAGCACGCAAAGCGACUGGCCAUACCUUACAAGGCUAGCAACACUCCGUCCGAAAGGAGCGAGUUCGGUCAUCCAGACUGUGCCAUCGUGCUGACACUCCUUUCCUACUUUUACAAUGGCCUCAGUCGUGUGCAGCUGAAGCAAGCUUUCGAAGUCCUGCUGUCGUAUGACGAGUCCGUGCAGAAGGGCCAUUACGACACGUGGUUUUCACUGAGCCAACGCAUGAGGCCAGUUGAAGAGACCGGGACUGUCCGUUUUGCCACAAUGAUCGACUUGUCCAGUGAGCCACAGCUUGACCUACUGUACGAUCUCUUCCACCUGAACUUUGAGACCAUUGCGUUCUGGGUAUGCCAGUGUGUGUUUCCGAAAGAGACGUCGCAGUUUCCGAACAAGCUUGUUGCCAACGCUUGGAAUUUGGCUGACAAUCAGGAUGGUCUUGUCAGCGGUUUUUCUGGGACAGAUGACAACCACCGCGUCCUACCACUGCAGGUCACCCAGCAGAACCUACCCCACCUGGCGGGCACCAACGGGAAGAUGGUCAAGAUGAUCAUGGACAACCCAGACUUCCUGAGCCUUCCUCCCGGGCAGGACCAGGAAGGCAACCCUUCGUGGCUGCGAGCGGCCCGCUUCGCUGUGGAACGAGGCGUGCACGCCCUCAUUGACUGUGGUGCCCUCACAGCCGGUGCCCUCAAUGCGGACAUCGCAAGGGAGAUCUUGCGCUUGCUGGCCGACAGAGGUAGCCCGUUCCAGGGGGUCGUGUACUUCGACGCAUCAAAGAAAGACUGGAUCAUUUCGGAUCGUCACGGACGCUGCCUUCCAAAGAAUCGAUCUCCAGUCCGAGAGCACGAGUGUUUCGCUUUCUUUGAUGAAGCGAGAUCGCGGGGAGCAGAUUUGAAGCUUGCGAAGAAUGCCAGAGCCAUGGUCACGGUUGGGCUGAGGUGCGGCAAGGACAAGCUGAUGCAAGCAAUCGGGAGGAUGCGAAUGCUCGGCAAAGGCCAAACCCUGGAGUUCCUAGCUUCAGAAGAGGUGAACAAGAAAGUCCGCGAGAUGGUCCAGCGCGACCAGACUGAAGGAAAAGGCCGCCAGAAGGGAAAAGGUCGCCUGAAGGCCUCGAAGGAGGCGCGGGUUCACUUGACCUCCCAGCAUCUCUUGGAAUGGGUGAUGGCCAACACUGUCGCCGCGGCGGAGGAAGCUCUCUCGGAGUGGGCAAAACAGGGCUUGCUCUUCAGCUCCACACGAGCGGCACCAGAGCUGGCCGUGCUGGAUGAGAUCGUCGAGCUGAGCGCCUUCUACAAGGAGGCCUUGGUGCCCAAGGAGGUUGCAGUGCUUGUGAGAGGCGAGGCUGAGCGGACCGAGCAGAGAGCUGCUUCGAGCCUACGAGAUUCAGACCGGGAGCUCAUGCAGAAGAUCCAGCAUCGGGCGGACCAGUAUGGCAACGGAGUUCAGGUGGCCGCCAGUGUGCUGGACGAGGAGUACGAGAGAGAACUCGAGGUUGAAAAAGAAGUGGAAAAGGAAGUUCAGAGGCAGGUGCCAACAAUGACACCCUAUUAG